AUGCAUAAGGCCCGCACCCGUUCGAGGCCCGGUGUGCCCCCUCUGACCCUGCCCGCUCCGUCCACAGCUCAGACGUGCCCAGCCGACCAGUUUACCUGCGGUGACGGCCGCUGUAUCAACCAGCGCUGGGUGUGCGACCGAGAGAACGACUGUGAGGACGGCUCCGACGAGCAGGACUGCAAGCCGACCACCUGCAGCCCCGAUUCCCAAUUCACCUGUGCCAGCGGAGAGUGCAUCAACCUGAGCGCGCGCUGCGACGGUGACCGCGACUGCCACGACGGAAGCGAUGAGAAGGACUGCAUCCUGGACGAUCACUCUGUGCCCAGCAGCGUAUGCACACCGGGGGAGGUACUCUGUGACGACCAGAUCACCUGCAUUCAUCGCAGCUGGAUGUGUGACGGCGCUCAGGACUGCCCGCAUGGCUCCGACGAGGAUCCCGCCAAGUGCACCCCGCCCGUGUGCCGGGACGGAGAGUUCCAGUGCGGCGGCGUGUCCGAGUGUAUCGCCAGGAAGUUGGUCUGUAACGGUGCAGCCGACUGCCGCGACGCCAGCGACGAGGCCAACUGCACGGUGACCCCGCCCUGCGACCCAGACCAGCAGUUCAGCUGUGCGAACGGUCGCUGUGUGCAGAUCGAGCAGGCGUGUGACGGCUCGGACGAUUGCGGCGAUGGCUCGGAUGAGAGUGACCUCUGUCAGCUCAAUGAGUGCUCGCAGAAUAACGGCGGCUGCAGUCACGGCUGCCGCAACCAACCGGUCGGACACAAGUGCUACUGCCCCAGUGGAUACCGGCUCAUGGAUGACCAGCGCACCUGUGACGAUAUUGACGAGUGCCAGAUCCCCGGGUCGUGCAGCCAGACCUGCAUCAACACCAAGGGAUCGUACAAGUGCGAGUGCCUCGAGGGAUACAUGCGUGAUCCGGCCGACCACACGUUCUGCAAGGCGGUGGAAGUGCACGCAUCACUACUGCUCACUCACAUGACCGAUAUCCGGAAGGUGGGCCUGUACCAGCGUGAGAUCACAGAGAUUGUCAACAACACCCGUGUGGCGACGGCCGUCGACUACGAGUUCCGCACCGGCAUGGUGUUCUGGUCGGACCUCAGCGACAACCGCAUCUACAAAGCGCCGAUUGACGAGGGAGCGGAGCGGACGGUGGUCGUACGGAAUGUGAACGCCGAGGGUCUGGCCGUCGACUGGCUCUACCGCCACCUCUACUGGAUCCACGUGGAGAAGGACAACCACCGCAUCGAGGUGUCCGACCUGGACGGCAACUACCGCGCCACCCUCAUCAGCAAGGACCUGAUGAAACCGCGCUCCAUCGCUGUCGAACCCAUCGAAGGCUGGAUGUUCUGGUGCGACUGGGGCGAGAACCCGCGGAUCGAGCGCGCCGGAAUGGACGGCAGCCGUCGUCAGGUCGUGGCCGACACGCGCCUCCAGUGGCCCAACGACGUCACGCUAGACCUGGUGAAGCGCCGCAUCUACUGGGUGGACGCCAAGCUGAAGCUGAUCGAGAGCGCCGACCUGGACGGAGCGAACAGGCGCAUCAUCAUCAGCAGCGGGAACACGCUCGACCAUCCGUUCGCCAUCACCACAUUCGAGGACUCUAUCUUCUGGAGUGACUGGAACAAGAUGAGUCUCUUCAAAGCCAACAAGUUCACCGGCUCGGCUGUCACCAGCGUGGCUCCCACCGGCAAGGUUCAGUUCCCGCUGGUUGUGCGCGUGUACCACCCGUACCGUCAGCCGAACGGCACCAACCACUGUCUACCCAUCAACGGCCAGUGCUCGCACCUCUGUCUGCCGGCACCGGCGAGCGGCGAGCAGGGCGGCCGACGGACCGGCUGCGCGUGCCCAGCCGGUCUGCGACUGACCCAGGAUGGUCUCACCUGUACCGAGAGAGGUGUGAAGACCAUCGGCUCGCCCAAGGUCACCUCCCACCCGCGGCAGACGGCACCCGAUGGCGGGUCGUCAUCCGCCUUCCAGGAGUCCGCCUCGGAUGGCGUCAUCGCCGGCGUCGUCAUCGGCGGCAUCGCCUUCCUCUUCAUCGUCGUGGCCGGGCUCCUUUACAUGAUGUACCGUAUGGACCCGAGUCGGUUCCGUGGCUUCCGUAACAUCGAUAACCCCAUCUAUAAAAAGACGACCGUGGACGGAAUCAAAUUGGAAAAGUCGCGGAGUCCCGCUCAUGCUGGAAGAGGCAAUGAGGAGAGCAUGCAGCCGCUCAACAGCCGACCGCAGCACGUGGUCUGAACACCGGCCCACCUCCUUCUGUGAUACGCCCACGCACCUGGGGCCGAGGGCCGCCCGACCGCCCGCCUCAGCCUCAGCCAUGUCUAGUCCACGCGCUUGCCGCUAGUGGCGCUAGUGUCGCCGCUGGCACCGGGCCGCGGUCCUCCCGAGUCGCUCACCGUGUUGUGUGACGCACGAAAGACCACUCCUGGGCCAAUCAAGCACGUGUCUCUGUGGUGGGGCUGGCGGCGCUGGGCGUCGCCGUACCCGCAUGCUGUUCCCGCACCAGGGUCCAACUCAGUGGGCGGCCCGUCAGACGCGAGAGGGCGGCUCGUGAGACGCGCAGGCGCCUCGCAGACAGUCAGUGACUCCUGCGGACGGCGCCGGGGCGGUGCGACCUAACGGCGAAAAGGGAGGGACUUUAAAUUGUAUCGUGCUCAGUACGGUCCUGUGUCGGCGCCAAAAGGAAUAUCCUUAUUAUAAUGUCUUCCCUUGGCUCAACAGGGGCAGACUCGUGCAUGCCGAACUAUUUAUUUGCUCCCUGUACUCUAGCUGCUUGUUCUUGGUCGAUAUUUUGCAUGCGCAGCGGAGCGGCGACCGACUGGCCGACCGAUAGUACGUUAUUAGGCCUAUAAUUGAUAGGAAACCAGGUCAUUGUGAUACGGCGAGGUCGGCGGCGCCGUCGUUUUUCGACACCGCUGGCCGGCGGCAGUGCGGUAGACCCACUGGUCUUGUGCGUGUUCGUGUUUGUCUGCGUGUGUGCGUGUGUCGGUGUGUGUGCGUGCGUCUCGUGCCGCGGCUCGCGAUAUUAUUGUGUUCGAUGGUGUCCUGCGGCCGAUUUGCCCGUGUCCUAGGGUGUGUUGUGUAGGUCGCCGGCGGCAGCAAGGGCCGGUCGACAGAGCUUUCGCUAUGCUAGUUGUUUGAGUUUGAGAGCGCGCGAACGACGACCGAGUGGCGCGACGGAUCCCAUAUUUAUUUUGUACAUAUCGAUUAGCAUGUGUGCGAAACUGUCAUUAAAGAGGUCAACUCGGCCGUGCCCCGAGGCUAUGUCACCGCGCGCUUCAUAUAUUUGGGCUUCGGCCGCCAUCCCCGUCUGACCGUCACUAACCAGUGACCGGCCAGAAACCGGAAAUAGACACCAUUUUUGAAGA